AAGCCCAGCCCUUCAGGUCCCGAAACUACAUGACACACUCGGGUGGGGCUUUUUUAAUCUCGUAUGCUGUCCACACCACACCUAUUGACAAGACAUUCUCUUUGCGCAAAGACGCACGGGACACUAUAUAAUCCGACGGACCACACCGCGCUCGCUCCACACAGCUCGUCCUCCUCUUUCUUUCAACCCCGCUCCACACACUACGAUCGUCGGUCAUGUUUCGCUGCGGGAUCGCCUACCCCCGGUGCAAGUGGAUCGUGCCCUUGCUGCUGCUCUUCGCCAUUAUUUUUGACAUUAUCGCCAUCGCGGCUACAUCGGGAUGGGUCGAGGAUGAGGAAGGCAAUUCCCACUACACCAGUAUGUGGGAGGAGUGCCGAGGCAGGAAUGGCAUUUGGGACUGCAAGUCGCUCAUGGAGCAUCCUUGGGCCCAGGCAGUGGCUGCUCUGAUGAUCAUUGGCCUCCUCAUCCUCAUCCUCGCCUUCAUCGUCUCCUGUGUGGCUCUGUGCGGCUCGCUCAACGUCACCCUUCUGCCUCUCGUUGGAGUCUUGUUGAUCAUUGUUGUGGUUCUCCAGAUCAUCGCUCUCAUCAUCUACCCCGUCAAAUUCAACGAGCAGCUCUUCGAGGGCCACUAUUACUACACCUGGGCCUACGGCUUCGGCUGGGGAGCCACCAUCCUCUGCAUCGGCUGCGCCAUCCUCUUCUGCUGCCUGCCACGCUACGAGGAUGAGCUGACCGGCCUGGCCAAGACCAAAUACCUCUAUUCCUCUGCUUAAAGACUAAACCUGCACACAUUUCCACUUUCCACUCUGAGCUGGAUCUGCACCGGACAAUGAACGUUUUUACACUGUACCAUUUCACCAGAGAUCCACGUUGGCUCAGUUCAGUUCAGUUAGAUUUGGUUCGGCAGUGGAAAACCCCUCGAGGUCAAAAGCCUGGGGUGAUUCUUACUGGAAGUGGACUGUAAUUGGAUGUCGCAUCUGCUUUAGUGUACAUUUUAGAUGAAGUCUUCAUCGUAGUUUUUUUUUUUUUACCAUUCUGCAUUUGAUUGAGACAUCUUCCUCAUUGUAUCUGUACUUUUUACCAGUAAUUCUCAAUGCAAGAUCACCCAAGUGCACUUAACCUAAGGGAAUUAAUGACGUGUAAAGCAUAACUUUAGCCUGAUUUAUUUUUAGAACAACCUUGGUAGAAGAGAAGUUAACACUAAAGCUUGCACAGGAUGGAAAAGGAAUAUUAAUCAUAAUUUGGUUUUGUCCCAUGUGUUAUAAUUAGUUUCUCUCAGUUCUUCAAUGUGUAUUUUUUUCUGUUUGUGCUUGAGGUAAGAAGGAAGCAAAGGCUUAGAGUCAGAAGCUGAAUGUAAUCUACACAUAUAGAAAUGUAGUUUUAACAGUCGUGUUUGCACGCUUUUCUGCUGUCUCCAGAGUUUUAUAUUCUUACUUAUUAUCAAAGGGGUUUAACUGUGGGAGUUUGUUGUGCCGUCUUUGUGUCUGUUCUGAGCACUACUACUAAUACACUUGAUGAGUAGACGCAGCGUGUGGCAGUUCAUUGACCUGGCUGCAGCUUUUCCAUCUCUGUCACUCUAAACUGGAAGCAAAUUCAAAUGAAUUUCCAUUAAGCUUGAUCAUUUAUCUCUCGUGGAAAUUUAGAAAACGUGUCAAAAUGUUGUCUUAAAGGGACCAAUAUAAACUCUGAAUCUCCGUUUUCAUGUCUUGUUGCCUCAAAGUAGAGAGUCCAUUCAGAGAGAAGACUUUCCUUUAGAGAUUAAAAUAGUUUUUCAGUCACAGACGGAUGACCAAUCAUGUAUUUUAUUAAAGCCCUCAUAAGAUUUGAUAAUGUUCUUUUGGCUUACUUCUGGUUUGAUGAGGCCCUGAGACCAAGGUGUACAAUCUGCUGACAUGAUGUGCAUGAAGCCGGUGCCUUAGCUUCUUCGCUGGUGUGUUUUUGAAUGUCAUAUCAAACUGAUCAGUCUGGUUUUACUGACUCGCGUUUAAUCAUUGUCAACGGUUACAUUUCUCUCCAUGCCAAGACCAAAUUAGUGCCCAGACCAAACUGUAUUGUUUCUAUUACAUGAAAGAUCCUUUGACUGUUGAGUGUAAAAAGAGACGUGAUGAUUGACCCUAGGUCAGCAAAUUGCUGCAUAAAUAACUAACCCAUUUGAAUCAACUAGUUUUAACUGAGAAUCGGUGAAGGUGAGGUCAAAUAAGAAAAACAAACACGCUUUUAUACUUACAGGCAUGAAUCUCUCUUAAUGCCAGCUUUUUCAGACAUUAUUGUAUGGGUAUAUAAUGUACUAUAGAGAAUGUGUUAUUAACAUUCACCCACUUCUGGAAAUCACCCAGCUGUUCUGCUGUAGUAUGAAUUGAUUCUUUUUGGUAGUCUGUGUGUUUUUAUGCAAUAAAAAAAACUUAUUUUA